UCCACCACAAUUCUCGUCGUGCCCUUCUCGCUUGCUGCCUUCAGGCCAGAACUUCAGAAUGGAAAGCAUCCAUCCACAAGGAAUAGCCCCGGCCCCGGCCCCGGCCCCAGCAUACAGCACCAUCUGCAUCUCCGAUCACAAAUCCCCAACCACCGCAGCUGGUUUCAGCAAUAUACGAGCCGUCAACAUUGAUUUUCAGGAGCUCGCCCAAUGGCCAGUUGGAGGACUUUGGGUAGCUUUUGAUCUUUUGAGAUUGGGUAGCUUUUGAUUUGGCGUCAAGCAAAGCCGACGCCAACUCGCAACCACCAUCAACAUCAAAGGAGGCACUUUCCUGUCUGCAAGCCGCGGCGCCGAGCCAGUCAUGCGUAUAUUCGUGCUCUCCGGCCAGAGCAACAUGGCCGGCCGCGGCGGCGUGCACCGCCGGCGCUGGGACGGCGUGGUGCCGCCGGAGGGCGCGCCGGACCCGUCCAUCCAGCGCCUCUCCGCGGCGCUGGACUGGGAGGAGGCGCGGGAGCCGCUCCACGCCGACAUCGACACCGCCAAGACCUGCGGCGUCGGGCCCGGGAUGGUCUUCGCCCGCGCCGUGCUCCCGUGCCUGCAGGAGGGCACCUCCGUCGAGGGGGCCCGGGCCGGGACCGGGAUUGGGAUCGGGCUCGUGCCGUGCGCCGUCGGCGGGACGGCCAUCCGGGAGUGGGCUCGCGGGGAGCGCCUGUACGAGCAGAUGGUGUGCCGGGCGCGCGUCGCGGCCCGGUACGGCGAGAUCGAGGCCGUGCUGUGGUACCAGGGGGAGAGCGACGCCGAGUCCGACGCCGCAGCGGCGGCGUACCGCGGGAACAUCGAGAGGCUCAUCGCCAAUGUCAGGGCGGAUCUUGGGAUGCCGCAGUUGCCUUUUAUUCAGGUUGCUCUUGCAUCCGGCGAUAAAAGGAACAUUGAGAAAGUAAGAAGCGCUCAAUUUAGGGUUAACCUACCCAAUGUUGUAACUGUUGAUGCAAUGGGUCUUGCGUUGAACGAAGAUAACUUGCAUCUUACCACUGAGUCACAAGUAAAGCUUGGUAACAUGCUUGCAGAAGCCUACAUCAAGAACUUCUUAACAACGACUUGUUAGGUGACUGCCAUUAGGCUGUUCCUUCUUCAAUCCACAGUGAAUAUGUUUGACAAAGGCACUGCAGAACAAGACAGCAAGACAAUUAUGUGCUCAAGAUCCUAAUCAAAUGAUAUUCGGGAAUUCACCCUAGAGGCUCAAAACUAAUGUAUUAAGUGUAUAAUAUUUCAAAUUCAGUUCAUAACAUUUCCCUCCAUAUAUAAAGUAAUUGCUACCCGUUGAGUUUCUACUAGUUA